UAUUCUCUGGCAAAUCCAGCGAUUCGCCGUACGACACGUUGUUUUGAUUUGAAGGCGGUAUGUGCACUACGAUGGAACAUACGACUACUGCGCAUGUUCCUCAAAACGGUGGCAGGAAAAGGAUGACAAAAUCAAUGACCCCUUAGUCAUACCAACGAGCAGUCAAAGGUUUCGCAGGACGAACAGGAUUUAAGUAUCUUUUUGCAUCAGUUGCAAAUAACAAAAGGACACUGCUGGUUACUAAUUGGUUCGCUGCUCAUGGACUCGUUGUGGGAAAACAUAAGCACCGCUCUGGAACUGUCGCCAGAGGUGUCGGAAAAGUGGUUGGCAAAGCUACGUACUCAGUAUUCGGAUACGAACCGACGUUAUCAUACGGAAUCGGAGUUGAUUCGAAGAAAGAUCCCCCACCUGACGGGUGCCAGCGUGUGCUUGCAGUUGGCUACACUUUUCCAGUAUUACCAUUUCGAUGCUGACAAGGACUGCAUGAGUAAGAAUUGUGCGGCAGUGGAAGAGUUUUUCACAGACGCCAAUCUGGACAACAAAUCCCUCGAAAACAACGUGAAGCGGUUGCUGGGUGAUAUGCAAUCGGAUGCAGGCGAUUUGCUGGAGGAAGACGUGCAAUUCUUCCAGGACCUAGAUUUGUUGGUGCUGGGAACUCCCCCCGAAGAAUAUCAACAGUAUACACGGUUGCUGCGUGAAGAGUGCACGAGUUCCUAUGACAAAACACGCCUUAAGCUGCUACAGACACUCUGCCGCAUACCGUGCAUUUACUCGACGAAGGAAUUCAGCGAGCGGUUCGAGACCGUCGCAAGGCGUAACAUUGAGCAGGAAGUGAAGGAUUUGCAAGCAAAGUAGUUUAAUUCGAACAACAACUUACCUCUCC